GUACAAGCAACACGAGGCAUCGUUCUGGACAGCUGAGGAGAUAGAUUUAGGUCAAGACUUGAGGGAUUGGGAAACUCUUACUAAGAAUGAACAACACUUUAUUAAGAAUGUGCUUGCCUUCUUCGCAGCUAGUGAUGGUAUAGUAAUGGAGAACCUCGCCUCGAAAUUCUCAUGUGAAGUGCAGAUCCCCGAGGCCAGAGCUUUCUAUGGUUUCCAAACUGGCAUGGAGACUAUACACUCUGAAAC